AGAAGGAAAAAAGGGGAAAACACAAGCAAAGAAAAAAAAAAAAGGGAUGCAGAGCGGAUAGCUGAUCUAUAUGAAUUGAUUUAAAAAUAAAAAUUAACAUCUUCAACUUGUCAUUUUUUUAAUUUUUAUUUCAGUCCCGUUGUCUUCAAAUCGUUUGAGAUUUGUUGAAUCUUGAGAGUCAAAAGAGAUCAAAGUUACAUGAAGCUGAUGUUAUUAACGCAAUGUUUUAAGCUUAGAAAUCGAAGAUGAGAAGCGUAAACGACAGCGUCGAGACCGUCAACGCCGCUGCUACAGCCAUCGUCUCCGCCGACUCCAGAGUCCAACCUACCACCGUUCAGGUACAUGUUUAUAAGAAAAGAUGGGGAAGCUGCUGGGGCCUUUACUGGUGUUUUGGAUCUCAGAAAAACAGUAAGCGAAUUGGCCAUGCUGUCCUUGUUCCUGAACCUGUGGUACCAGGAGCUUCAGUCUCAACUGCUGAAAAUGUAAGUGAUCCAACUGGCAUUAUACUGCCCUUUAUUGCCCCUCCCUCAUCUCCUGCAUCAUUCCUCCAAUCGGAUCCUCCAUCUGCCACCCAAUCACCAGCUGGAUUGCUGUCCCUAACUUCCCUUUCUGUUAAUGCCUACUCCCCCCGUGGCCCUGCAUCCAUUUUUGCCAUAGGCCCUUAUGCACAUGAAACCCAGUUAGUUACACCACCUGUAUUCUCUGCCUUGACAACUGAACCGUCCACGGCUCCUUUUACACCUCCUCCUGAAUCUGUUCAACUGACAACACCUUCAUCCCCUGAAGUACCAUUUGCUCAAUUGCUGACAUCUUCAUUGGAGCGUGCUCGGAGAAACAGUGGGAUCAAUCAGAAAUUUGGAUUAUCCCAUUAUGAGUUUCAGUCUUAUCAAAUAUAUCCUGGGAGCCCUGGUGGUAAUCUCAUAUCACCGGGUUCAGCAAUCUCUAAUUCUGGCACAUCCUCUCCUUUCCCUGAUAGACGUCCAAUCCUUGAGUUCCGCAUGGGGGAGGCUCCCAAACUUUUAGGGUUUGAAAAUUUUACCACUCGCAAAUGGGGUUCAAGGCUAGGUUCUGGAUCAUUGACGCCAGAUGGACUGGGGCAAGGUUCAAGACUGGGUUCUGGAUCUGUGACUCCAGAUGGUAUGGGGUUGGGUUCAAGGUUGGGCUCGGGAUCAUUGACACCUGAUGGUUUGGGUCCUGCCUCACGAGAUGGUUUUCUUGUAGGGAGUCAGAUUUCUGAGGUAGCAUUGCUUACUAACCCAGCAAAUGGACCUAAAAAUGAUGAAACGAUAGUUGAUCACAGAGUAUCCUUUGAGUUAAGUGGUGAAGAUGUUGCACCCUGUCUCGAAAGCAAGUCAUUGCUUCCAAGUAGAGCCGUGUCAGAAUAUCCAAAGGACUUGGUGGCAGAGGGCAGAAAAGAAAGAGAUGGAAUAAAAAAAGAUCUAGAAAGUUCUUGUGAGUUGUUUAUUAGGGAAACUUCCAAUGAAACAGUUGAAAAAGCAUCAGGAGAAGCUGAAGAGGAGCAUAGUUAUCAAAAGCAUCGCUCUGUUACACUUGGUUCAAUUAAAGAAUUCAACUUCGACAAUACAAAAGGAGAAGCUUCUGAUAAGCCCACCAUCAGGUCCGAGUGGUGGGCCAAUGAAAAGGUUGCUGGAAAGGAGGCUAGGCCUGGUAAUAGCUGGACUUUCUUCCCUAUGUUACAGCCAGAGGUCAGCUGAUUUUGGAACUAUGCAACUAGGUUCACCGCAAUGCAUAAACUUGCGCAAUAGAUUUGCAACACUAAGCCACUAGCCUUCAGUUGUUUGAUCUGAAGAUUGUACUUCCUCAGAGUCACAGCUUCAACAGUCUGGUAUUAGAUGGUGGACUAAAGGCUAGUUUUCAGAGGUCAGAAGAGUCUUUAUUCCUCGUGACCUGAAAGAUGAUCCAGUGAAGGAAUACUUUGUUGGGGUCAACAGUGUGGGUACUGUUAGAGCAUUCUUUUAAUAUUUCUUUCCCCGAUGUUAUACAAAAGAAGAAAAAUGAAUAGUAUUCACAUAUAGUGUUGUGUUAUUAUUAUUAUUUUUAUUUUCUUCUAAUAUGUAAUAAUAAUAAGGAUAAUUUUUUUUUCAUGCUAGUAAAUUGCAGCUCAUUUGGUGAUUUACGA